AUGUCGCGAAAUUUUAAAUUAGCAUCAAAUUUCUCCGAUUCGAUUUCACACUUUACAAAAUCUUCUCCAAACCGUCUUUCGCAAGAAAAAUGUCUCAACACCACCACAACGUCUCUCCCUUUGAGCUUGCCACCAAGCUCCGCAAAAUUAACCAAAACUGAUGGUGGACAAACAACACCCUUCAUUUCCUUCUCCUUCGACACUCUUACGGUCAUCUUUUCCUAUUUGUCCACUUUGGAACUCGUUCGAAAUGCCUCUCUCGUGAGUAAACUGUGGAAUGAUGUCUCUACUUCCAAUACAGUAUGGUCUCCAAGAUUCUUUCACGAGUUGGGUCCUCCCGAAUGGUUCAUUGAAAAACUAAACCAAACAUUGAAACGAACACGCAGUGGUUUGAACGAAAAAGAUUUCAUAAAAGUCUUUUAUGACGAGAAACAAGUAUUGGUCUACGAGGACGAUCCUAUGUCGAGCUAUUAUGAUAAUCCUGGGAAAGAUAUCGAAAUUCCCAAACAAAGAAACAAGACGAAAUCCACUCACUCCUCUGAGAAAAGUUCUACUGUGAUUCAUCUUUUACCUCCACAAAGGACAAUCACCCACUCCCAAAAGAAGAGAUGA